CAUUAAAUCAAAGGUGCACAUGGGAGCCUCCUGCCUGAGCCUCGUCCCCCUCCUCAAAGCUUUCCUCCGCCGCUCAGCAACGGCGGCCGGCCUCACCUCUCAGGCAGCGGCCAUCGACGGCGACACCACCAUCCACUUCUGGGGCCCACCUCCGGCCACCGCCGCCGCCUCCUCCAAGCCGAAGCUCGUUUUCAUUCACGGCUUCGGGCCCGCCGGCAUUUGGCAGUGGCGGGAUCAGAUCUCGUUUUUCGCCGGAGAAUUCGACGUCUAUGUGCCGGACCUCGUUUUCUUCGGCGGCUCUUUUACCGAGUCCGCCGGCCGGUGUGAGAUUUUUCAGGCGACUUGUUUGGCGAAACUACUUGAAAAGCUCAGAGUUUGCAGGUACUCGCUGGUUGGGACGAGCUACGGAGGUUCCGUGGCGUACCGCAUGGCGGCAAUGUGGCCGGAAAGGGUCGAGAAGGUGGUGAUCGCCAGCUCAGCCGUGAACCUACGAAAACAUGAUAACGACGAGCUUUUGGGGAAAGCAAAAUCCGACAAGAUUGAGGAUUUGUUGAUGCCGGUCACGGCUGUGCAGCUUCGGACUUUGCUUCGUCUUGUGAUUUUCCGGCGAGUGUACCUUCCCGAUUUCAUACUCAACGAUUUCCUUCAUAAUUUGUUUUCUGAGAACAGGAAAGAGAAGGUGGAACUCUUGCAAGGAUUGACAAUUGGACAAGAUGACACUCUCAACAUAUCUCCCCUCUCACAGGAAGUGUUGAUUGUGUGGGGUGAGCAUGACCAGAUAUUUUUAUUGGAGAAAGCCGUGGAGCUCAAUAAAUUGUUAGGGGAAAAUGCCAGGUUACAAGUCAUACAAAGAGCGUCUCAUGCUCCCCAGCUUGAACAACCGGGAAGGUUCAACAGCAUUGUUAAAGAUUUCUUCAAUGGGCAACUGCAAUAAUUUCGAAAUUAAUUCAAACGUUACUUGUUGUAGCCCUAUUUCAGAUGUUUUUUGUUAUUAUGUUGUGACUUGAAUUUUAUAUUGUAUGUUUGUUUUAUGUAGCUAGCUAGUGUUGUAGUGCGAUACACGAGGUAUAUACAAUAAGAAUAAAUAAGAUAAAAUAAUAUUUAAUAUUAUUUUUAUUUAUUCAUUGUUAAACACAUAAUAGUUUAAUGAUUAAUA